UCAACAUCUGGAUACAUCAAGCCAAAAAAAAUUAAUCAAACCAAACAUGAGGACUUUCUUGCUGUUGGUACUUACAUUGGUCCCCGUUACUGAAUCGAGACUCAAAACAGAGGAAAUUCUGCUAAUGGAAAUUAUGCAGAGUGUGAAUGGGAUCCUGAAUGGGAAAGGGGAAAAAAUGGAUCUUGACCAGUUUAUACCUGACAUAUAUCAGAAAGGGCACUACUCUAAGAAAACUCUCUGCCAAGCAGGAAUGGCUUUGAAGGGUAAAAUUCCAAGCAAGUCUCAUCUACAGAGACAACUAAAUGCUUAUGCAGCAUAUACGGGGACUAGAAACUGCAGCGUUUCGGCCUCUGAGGAAUGCACAAUGAAGGAGUUUCUUGAAAAAACCAAAGCAUGCUGCCAUUAUCUAUACUCAGCUCAAAGGACAUAAGAACAAGUGAAAAGACAGAAGAUGUAGUGCUUUUUAUAUUACUCAUAUUUAUAAACAUAUUUAUAUAAUUAUGUUAUAAUUAUUUGUAUUUAUUUUGUCAAAAUGCUGAUUUUCAUUGUCAUUUUAAAUUAUUAAAAAAAUGCAAUACA